AUGGCAGCUGCGAAGCGCCAGGUAUCAUUCGCCAAUCUGAAUGACAACAUCAAAGACCGCAUCUUCAAUUUUGCUGGUAGAGAAGCUGUCUUCGCCUACGAUAUCGCGACAGGUGGCCAGGAGCGACACAAGCCCUACGUCAAGAACAACGCCUUCUACGAACCCUUCACAUACUGGGACUGGCAUGGGACGGACUCCACCUACCAAGAGGACGAUAAGAGGAAGCGUCGACUGUUUUGGGACAGAGAAAGAGGAUACCGAACCAAUGCCGGACAAUGGUCAAGCUAUCCCAGCCCGUCGAGGAGGUGGAAGAUGUUCCGGGAGAGGAUAAAUGACGAUACGAGAGGUUGUGUCAAGAGGAUCGCGCUGGCGCGAUGGAUGACAAGGGAAGACUUGAAGUGGGUCUGCGAAGAGCUGCCUGCGCUGGAAGCGCUGGGUCUCAGUGCCAUACAGACGUUCGAGGGGCAGUCGCCUUUGACCGAUGAUCUGGGUGAGGUGGAUUGGCAUGGUAUCGCUCAUCUGCUACGAAAUACCGACUCCAAGUAUUCAACAUCGAAUGAACAGCCGAAUAUCUUGAAGAGGUUGAAGUGGCUGGGCCUGGCGAAUGUUGUCCAUACCUUGAAGCAUACACCGGGGCCGCUUAGCCUGAAAGUGCUCAAAGACGAAGGAAACGACCCCUUCAGCACCGUUCUACCAAUAUGUUCACAACUACAGACCCUCUCCAUCCGCGCUCCAUGCGGGGCAGACAGCCACUAUUGGACGGAGCAGCCUCUGCAAGGAAUGUACGCGCACCAAGAAAUCUGCAAACCGAUACUCCGGAUUACGCAGAAUGCGCCAGAGACGGUGAGGACGCUUGAACUGAGGCAGUACUUUGACUAUCUACCUCAGUUCUUGGAAAAGUUGCAUGAGCUCAAGCCGUCCAUUAAAAAGGUCGGGAUUGAUUUGGGAGCUUGGGUACAGACAUUUCCGAUUAGGCCACCACUGCUUGAGGAGAAGGUAGCUUUUGUCACCGACGACGAGAUUGAGGGAAACGUGCAGAGGGCAGUGCACUUUACCGAAUACCUUGCCCAGUUGGAGAAAAAGGAACCACUCACGGAGUCACCCAAAGAGACCCUUUACACCAAACCCACCAACCGCUACCUCGCCCUUGAAGCCAAACAAGAAAAAGCCACCCAGGACAACCUCCACCUCGACGCCCUCUACAAACAACAAAGCAACACAUUCUACAGCCGCACUAGCGGAACUGAUUACCCCUUUCUCCCCAGGCACGACCCCAACUACGACUUCUCCAGAGACUACUGUUGCCUCCUGACUGAACAGUCCCGCCUCGCCUACAUGACCCAAGAUGCAGAAUACUGUCCUUUGAAUGUCCACGACUUCGUCGAACGCCGCCGCCUCCCAGAGUCCCCUUUCCUCCUCAAGCCUACUCCCGAAGAACUCGACCUUGCGGAUCGCAACCGGACGAAUACUUUGCCGCAGAUGUUGAAGAAGUUGUACGACCUGCGUGACGCCGAACCGAAGCUAUAUGCGCUGGGGCCGGAGCCACAGAAUAGGAGUAAUGAUCCCGUCGAUCCCUUGGCAUUGGUGCAGAUGAGGGAUGAGGCGACCGAAUGGGGAUAUGAGGAGGGUGCGGGAUCAAGAUAUAGGGACUUUACUGCCGACGAGGACUUUACGGAAAUUUAUACGUUUCUAAAAAAGCGGUUCAACUGGCGGCCGGUGUUUGAUUGGGAUGCACUGAUGGUGCCCGAGGAGGUGGAGCAGAGGGUAGACAGGGCGUUCAAGAAGAUGAUUAUGGACGAUGAAAAGUACCUCGAGCGCAUCGCGAAACAUUUCGGGUAUUUGCGUAAGGCGGAGAUUCCCGUGCAUGUCCUAAUCGGACGCCGGAAAACUGGGACUUCGAGCUGUUACUGGGGCUGGCCGUACGACGAGAGGAAGUGGAGAGAGUGGUUGAGGAAGGACUUCGACGCCAAUCUGGGGCUUGUGGUUGGAGAUAUCGAUACCUUGAGUAUCUACUACGACCUGCGCAACCCCUUGGACGAGAAGCGAUUGGAGGAGAUCGAGAUCAUGCAGCCUUUGAGACGACCACAUGCUUCUUGUCCGCAAGUCCCAUGUCCUUGGGGCUCGGGCCUUCAAGGAAAAAUUAACAGACACCGGGUUCCCUCUCCUGCGCAAGGCGGAGACUGUCCCUUUCUCACCCAACGGCAACCCCUAUCCGGCAAAUCUCUACACCACACGAAAGGCGCCGCCCAAAGGAAACAGAAAAUGGCCAACAAAUCCACCCUAGCAUCCAAAUUCAACAGAACCCAGUCCGAGUACGCAAACCUGGCACCCCACUCCGCCUCUCCCUGCGCCCCUCCUACGGGCAGAAACGCACAUGCCUACUCUUCCGAUUCCGAUCUUGAGGAUCCACAGACGGGAAUCCCACCUCUGCACUAUUUAGCUAGGACAGCAGCAUACACGCGUGAAUCGCUCGGAUGGCAGCGCUUCUGGACCCGGUAUGCCCUGCACUUCUCCCGCCUAACGUCCCUCAAUGUCCGCAUGCCCGCCGCCUUGGACGAUUUAUCCAUCGGUGGUUCCGUCCGGCUGGCCAGACUCCUUGAUCGCAAAGUCGGCUGGGUGAUGGGCGAGUUCACGGAUGAGAGGCAGCAGGUGCAGACGAGGGAGGAUUUGGAGGAUACGUUGGAUUCACUUGGUGGGAGGAGAGAGGUUUUCGAACAUGUGCCUGAAGUACCGGUUUGGAGUGGGGGAAGGUUUGUGACGAGGUGGUGGGUUUGGCCGGAGAAGAGGGGGGAGUGGUUGAAGGUGGGAGAGGGGCCCAAGCAGGUCGCAAGGUUUGAACAGGUGCCGAAUCCUGGAUGGCCCGAAAGAAGUUUUGCGGAGGAGGAUUUCCAGCAUACCGAGGGCAGGGAGAAAGAGGAGUGUAAGAAGGGGAAAGCAGGCGUUGUAGUGGCCGUGCAGAGGGAGAAGGAGGCGGAGCAGAGGUUGAGAGUCAAACUGGGACCUGCUGCGAGAGAGAAGCAGCGAAGGAAGAAGUUGUACAUCGAUGGUGCGGUUCUGGUUGCACAGGAGAAGUGGGAGACCUUGCUGCAGCGGGAGAUUGAAGGGUUGGAGAGGGACUUGACCAAGGUGGAGAAUCUGUCUACGGAAAGUUACGAAAAGACUGCUCUCUUGACUAAGGUCCAGCGAGCGAUUGAUUGGCUCCGUCUGAGACAAAAAGAGAAGGCUCCAAUCCUCGCGCCAUCCCUUGAACUUUUCGACAACGAGAACGAUAUCAAAGCCGCGUUGGGAUGGAAGAACGCAAAAGAAAUGAAACACACCUGGAUUCCUCAGCAUUGGCUCACGGACAUCGUGCAAAAGGACUACGAAUACGGUUUCUGGAGACAGUUCGAUGUGGAGGAGCACAUUGCAGAACUGAGACAGGACUUCCUGAAGAAGAUUGAUGAGCUGCAGCAAAACGUCUCAGUUUUGCGGACUCCGGCCAUUGAGGUAUCGAUGAAGGAUAUUUCUGAGGAGAAGAAGACGACCUUGACCUCAUUCCCUCAGACUCCUCCUAAAUCCGAUAGGAGGAACUUGAACGGCAAAAUCCAGUGUUCUUCGGGAGAGCAGUUCCGGAUUGACGACGCCAACAUGGCUGCUCAGUUGACACCCCCAGCAUCUUCAUCGCCAAAAAAGAGACAUGCCAAGCCUCAAGAUGUAAAGCAGCAGAGCGUAUCGCCCACCGCCAAAUCCAUCCUGAAGAGCAUAACCAUCGUCGUAGACGAGAAUCCGAGUUCGAAUUUUCCAACUCCCCCAUCGGGUGCUGCUGACCGGACUAAAACGUUCACGUUACCGGGUCUCGGAGCUAUGUUUGGGGAUCUAGGAAUCUCUAACCAAAUGUCACAUUCAUCUCAAGGGAGUCAGCUGAAUCCUCCAACCCAGGACGCGCAAAGUCCCAAUGCAAUGGGGCGGAAGUGCGAUAUUGAGAUCGACGCGAAAGCUACGGCAAAGCAGAGGAGCAGGGAAAGGAGUAGCACGGCGUCGACAUCAACGUCUUGUUCUUCCUCCGUGCAUGAUCUCAUCCAGGAGCAGCUUGAGGGGGAACAUGUUGAGGAAGAGGAGACCGUCCAGGAGAUGACGCAGGAAGUGGUAACUAUCAAGGUUCGACAGACGGUACACCAGGAAGAAACCGUAGUACCUCCUGCUUCAGCGACCGACACUAAACCACCUGCAGCUUCUGUGCUUGCACAACACCUACCCACAGUAUCCCCAUCUCCUCGUUCUAAAAAUGAGCUAAAGAGAAAAGAGAACGACGCAGUGGCGGAAGAACCACUCCCUCGGAAGAAAGCUCGAAUGGACACAACACCAGUACUUCCGGCGCUCAAGCACAAUGUUGAAGAGUCCGAGUCGCUCCUUGACCAUACCCCUAUUCCAGCGCAGGAGCCAGAGCCCAUGGCACCCCCGCGACCGAAGUGGGAGCUUAGGGAGGAAGCUGCAGAACCAGUGGUGAAGCAGGAACCUCCCGCCACCCCUGCUCCUGUAGCAGAAGAAUUUAUCAAAGUAGAACCCAUUCUCAAACCACCCAUCAGUAAGAAAGCUCGUCGCAGCACCGGGGGAAAAGCAACGGCAGAUCCCUUGUAUAAAUAUGAGCCGGAAGAAGACUCAGACGAGGAUGACGCCGAUCUACUCGGCGGCGGUGAUGAUGACGAUCUCGGUGACGCGCCUCGGAAGAAAGGAAGAGGUGGAAGGAAGAGUGGGGAUAAGAGGAGGAGAAGUAAGCUCGAAUAUGCUCCCUCUGAUGAGGACGAAGACAACGAUAGUGAGGGUACCGGGCAGAAGGCUUCAAAGGGGAAAGGGAGAGGGAAAAGUAAACGAAGUACAGGCACAGAAUCGAGAGCUUCGAAGAGAAGGAAAGUUGCGAGUGCGACUUUAGUUCUUGAGGGUGUAGGAGACGCCGGCGGAGAUGCAGGAGCUGGAAAUGCUGGUGAGGGUAAUGCGCCUACAACACCGCCUCCGCCCGCGAAUAAGGCGGCAAAGGGUGGUAGGAAGAAAAGGGUUAUACCGCGCCGAAGUUGA